UAAGAGAGGUAAAGGGAAGGGAAGUAAUAACUUAUGAAAUGUGUUUUUGUUGGUAAGAUUACAAGUGCUAUCAUCUAACAUAACGGGUUCUGUCAAUGGGGAAGAAACACAGCAAACUAAAAAGUGAGGUGGUCGAAACACUAGCCAAGGAUACUUACUUUACAGAAAAGGAAAUUAGACAAUGGUAUAAAGGAUUUCUCAAGGACUGUCCUGAUGGUCAACUUACAGAACAGGGUUUCCUGCGUAUAUACAAACAGUUUUUUCCACAAGGGGACCCAGCUACUUUUGCUUCGUUGGUGUUUAGGGUGUUCGACGAAAACAAGGUAAAUAAUUAAAAAACAAAAAGGUCU